AUGAAAUGCUUCGCUUUUCUAUCCGCGCUUGCCCUCUUUCCCGGCACCUUGAGUGCAACCAUCUACAUGGCGGGUGAUUCGACCAUGGCCAAGGGCGGGGGCGGAUCUGGCACUGACGGUAAGUCUCAAGGCAAGAGCCCAUUUGCAAGGUACAUCUAUAACGCUCUCGUAAAAACAGGAUGGGGUCUACACAUUGCCCCCUUCGUCUCCGGCACAGUAUCGAACCAAGCAGUUGCCGGCCGCAGUGCUCGCUCGUAUACCCGCGAACAACGUUUCCAGGCCAUCGCAGAUGUCCUGAAGCCAGGCGACUAUGUAGUCAUCGAAUUCGGGCACAACGACGGCGGCAGCCUCCGCACCGAUAAUGGUCGUACAGACUGUCCCGGAUCGGGCGACGAGACCUGCACUACCACUUUCAAUGGUGUCACGGAAACGGUGUUCACCUUCCCCAAGUACUUACAGGAUGCGGCGAAGAUGUUUCAGUCCAAGCAAGCCAAGGUGGUGAUAUCCAGUCAGACGCCCAACAAUCCGUGGGAGACCGGCACCUUUUCCUAUACUCCGUCGCGUUUCGUCGAGCUCGCCAAAUUGGCUGCACAGAGAGCUGGUGUGGAUUAUGUGGACCACGGCGCCUAUGUGGCCGAUAUGUACAAAUCUCUAGGCAAGACGACCGUUGACUCAUUUUUCCCAAAUGACCACACCCAUACCAGCUCUACAGGAGCUGAAGUAGUUGCACAAGCUUUCCUCAAAGCUGUAGUGUGCAGCGGCGCUCGUUUGAAGGAGGUCUUGACAACAACGAAUUUCCCGGGCAAAUGCCUGUAA